UUAAAUAAAUAAAUAAAUAAAGAUUGAAGGAAACCCUAAUCUCAUCGUCUCUCUUCUCUUUUCUCUCCACUUCCUUCCGCGCCGCUUCCUCUCUGUUUUCUCCUUCGCCGUUCGUCGUUUCGUCCAACACUUUCUCAAUCUUCGAAGACUAGACUCAAUGAGGGGAAGGAGCUACACACCGUCACCACCGAGGGGUUAUGGUAGGAGGGGCAGGAGCCCUAGCCCCCGUGGUGGUGGCCGUUACGGUGGAGGUCGUGACAGGGAUCUCCCGACCAGUCUUUUGGUUCGCAACCUUCGUCAUGAUUGCAGGCAAGAAGACCUUAGGAGGCCAUUUGAGCAGUUUGGUCCUGUCAAGGACAUCUACCUUCCAAGGGAUUAUUAUACCGGAGAUCCAAGGGGAUUUGGUUUCAUCCAAUAUGUGGAUCCUGCUGAUGCUGCUGAGGCAAAACAUCACAUGGAAGGCUAUCUUCUUCUUGGUCGUGAGCUGACUGUCGUAUUUGCAGAAGAGAAUAGGAAGAAGCCAACUGAGAUGAGAACAAGGGAUCGAGGUGGCAGGAGCAACAGAUUCAAUGACAGAAGACGCUCUCCUCCUCGCUACUCUCGUUCUCCUCCCCCUCGACGUGGUGGCAGAACACGAUCACGUAGCCGUGACUAUAACUCUCCUCCCCCUAAAAGACAUCAAUCUAGGUCUGUCUCACCACAGGAGAGACGAUACGAGAAGGAGAGGUCAUACUCUCGUUCACCACCACGUAAUGGCUCAAGGGCUCGCAGUGGAAGUCGUGAGAAGGUGAAGAAAAGCUACAGCAGGAGCCGGAGCCCAAGAAGAAGCGUGAGCCCCAGAAGAAACAGGAGCUACACUCCUGAACAAGCCAGGAGCCCUGUCCCCAGGCAGAGCAGGAGCCCAAGUCCUCGUGGGGAACGAAAUGGAGACCGUUCUCCAAGCCAGUGAUUCUCUCUCUUCUCAUCUGUUAUGCAGCAGUCUUGUUUGUUAGCUAUGGCUUUAUCAGAUAUUUGUUUGCAAACUAGGUUGAAACCUCUUGCUUUAUUUCUUCGUUUAGACAAGUUUUAAUACGGUUCUCUUGAUGCUUUUGCUUUAUGUUUGAUCCUUGGAUGAUGUUAGGACAUACAUGACAAUGAUGUUGCGUAUGCGUUUUUGUCGUCUUAUCUCUUUUGAUCUCA